ACUUCCUUGUAAGACAUGCCCAAGAGGAAGAGAAAUGCUCUUCAGUCAUGGAGCGCUCUCCUAAGCAUGAGGGGGCUACUGCUUUCCUCCCUCUGCUUACUGAUGCACCUGCUUCAGGAUGAGAUAACUACAAUUUUAGUUUUGGAAAACCAAGACCUGCAAGAUUCAAUUAAGCCGCAGAAGGUAGAGUUUCGUUCGUUAAACUUCAACAGCACUUUGCAUUGGCAGCCUGGGAGGGCCAGAGAGGCAAGAGACACAGUCUACUUUGUGCAGUAUAAAGUGUAUGGGCAGAGCACGUGGCAAAACAAAGACGACUGCUGGGGGAUUCAAAACCAUGUCUGUGACCUGACGACUGAGACCUCUGACAUCCAAGAGCCUUACUACGGCAGAGUGAAAGCCGUGUCAGCUGGCGUCUAUUCCGACUGGAGCCUCAGCUGCAGAUUCACUCCCUGGCGAGAAACUAUGAUAGGACCUCCGACCGUAAUUGUGAUUCAUAGCAACAAAUCCAUAAUACUAAAGCUCCAGGCUCCACGUUCUCCUUAUAAAAGGAAGAGAGGCAGCAAGAUACCAAUGACAAAUUAUUAUGAUCUGCUAUACCAAGUCUUCAUAAUUAACAACUUGCUAGACGAGCAACACAGAGUCCCGGUGUAUGAAGGAAAAGACAAGGUUAUUAAAAUAGAAAAUUUGAGGCCCGGACUGAGCUACUGCGUCGUGGCUAAAACGUACGUGCCAAUGCUGGACCGCAGCAGUGCCUACAGCAGCAGGCAAUGCACUGUGCUGCAGUGACAGGGCUGGCGCCUCUGAGGCAGGUAAGUCACCAGCUGAAAUUGGAGAUGACUCUGGAAGUCAAGAACUAUCCCCUCACCAAAGGCAGAUACUCUCCAAAAGGAGAAAAAAAGUGGCAUAAAAACCACCAUCCCAUAUGACAAUAUUAGCCAGAGUUCUUAUAUCAUCUCAGCUAGUUUCACACCAGGUAGGAAUGAUAUGGCUAAGGAGAUUAGAGGAAUGGUGUGGAUAGUUAUUUGUAUGCUGGCACAGUCCUCAGAAACAUCUCCCUCUUCCCUUUCUUUAUGCAGUUAUACAUAGUAUUGCUUUCAUCAGUUUUUAUCACUGUCAAGUAAUAAUUAACUAGGAAAAUGAGUGAUCUCCAACAUUAUUAACAUGCAAUUCUGCUGCAAGCUCUGCAAUUCUGUUCAGGGAUUUAUGUGAUGUAUUUAAUUCAAAUGGGCCUGUCCUUUUCAUGGCCAUUCUUCAGGUGUAAUGUGUUUAGAAAUAAAUCAGUUAUCAAAUUUCAUGAGUUUCCAUGGGCCAAAAUGCAAGAGUUAGCUCAAUUAGCUGGUCUGAAAAAUCUGUUUGUUUACUUACCUCAAUCAUUAGACUACCUUCACAUAUCAUGUGCCCAGCAGGGAGAUUUACUAUCAUCCUGCCUUGCAGGUACCAAGGCACAGAGUGUACAAAGACCUACGCCAAAGCUGAUUUCUGUGUUGUUGGCCUUAGUAAGCUCAGAUUUGGGCCCUUUCUAGGGGUAGCAGGGGAAAACUGGAAAAGCAUCAUUGUUUGAACCUGUGCGUCUGUUCUCAGAUUGGUACCCUAGCUACGAAAAAUUUUCUUUCUUCUGCUUCAUAAUAUGAUGCAUAACACUGGUCUCUCAUGAAACUUGGUCAGCAGGUUUGGGCUAAGGAAGGAGUCAGUUUCUAGGUGAUUUUCCUGCAUUUUUCCUUGCUUUCCCAGUACUGUGAAAGGCUGGAAGCUCAGGUUGGAGCUGGACUGCUGAACAACCUGCAGAGGUACAGGAGGGAUGCAGGCAAAUGGCAUGUGUUGCAUUUUCAGUUAAAUUGAAUACCAUCCACCUUAAACACGCAGUCCAGUGGCAAUUCUCUUUCUCUUCCCAGUUACAGGAAUAAUGGUGGAAGAUGCAUCCUAUCAGCUCAGAUCCAGCUGUAAAUCAACAUCUGUGGUCUAUGUCUGGAAUACAUACUUGGAUACUUUUUAAAUUAACCUUUGCUGCAUUCAAUGAUUUGGUUCAUCAUAAUCAUUUUAUGCUACACAAAGGCCAAGGAUGCUUUGUAUGUCCUAUAUUACAAUUUAAAAUGGUAUAUAUUUGCAUUUAGAAAGGAAAUAGCCAUGUACUGUAAUAAAAAAAAGAAGGCAAAAG